AUGAGGAAUUGCUACUACUUUGUCACCUACUCAAGGCUAGCAAUUUUGUUAUGGACUUCACUGAUUGUAGUCCAAUGCAACUGCAGCUCUAGCUUCGGAUGUCCUUUAGAAGAGUAUGAAGCUCUAUUAGAGCUUAGAUCUUCUCUCCUUCACAACAACUAUACUUCACCACCCACGUGGGGAAGAGGGAGAGACUGCUGCCUUUGGAAGAGAGUGAUCUGCAGCAAUAGCACAAAACAAGUGUCAAAGCUCAUGCUUUCAUGGCUCAUGGAAUAUGAUCAAUUUAAGCAAUGGCGAUUGAAUUUCAAUAUUUUUUCUUCCUUUCAUGAGCUCCGACAACUUAACUUAUCCGGCAAUCAAAUAAUAGGAUCGUUAUCACAAAUGGAUAUAUCAGGAUUAAGAAAGUUUGAAAUUCUUGAUCUAAGCGAUAACAUGCUCACCGGAACUAUUCCGUUAUCUCUCAAAAAUUUAUCUUCACUUAAUAUCCUGAAUCUAGGAGCCAACCAGCUGAAUGGUACACUUAAUAAGGAAGGAUUUCUAGAAUUGAGAAAGUUGGAAAUCCUUGAUCUCAAUAAUAAUUGGCUCAAUGAAAAUAGUCCAUUAUAUCUCAAGAACCUAUCUUCCGUCCGUGCUCUAUAUCUACGAGACAACAUGCUAAAUGGCACACUUGGUAUAGAAGAUAUAUCAGGAUUCAAAAAGUUGGAAAUCCUUGAUCUCAGCUAUAACCAGCUCACUGGAACUAUUUCAUCAUCUUUUAAAAAUCAAUCUUCACUCAAGGUUCUAUAUCUGCAAGGCAACUAUCUAAAUGGCACACUUGAUGUGCAAGACAUAUCAAGAUUCAAAAAGUUAAAAAUCCUUAAUCUUAGGUAUAACAGGCUUAUAACUAGGACUACUUUAUUAUCGUUUAAAAAUCUAUUUUCACUUGAUGCCUUAUAUCUAGGGGACAACAUGCUAAAUGGCAUACUUGAUAUGGAUAUAUCAGGAUUAAGAAAGUUGAAAAUCCUUGAUCUCAACGAUAAUGGCCUCACUGGAACUAUUGCAUUAUCUCUCCAAGUUCUAUCUUCACUCAGUGUCCUAAAUCUACAAUUCAACAUGCUGAAUGGCACACUUAAUUGGGAAGUGCUCGGUAGACUGCAGAACCUACGCACAUUGGAUCUCUCAUCAAACCAACUCAAUGGAAGUUUUCCUUUAUCCUUAAAGAAACUAGUUCGUCUUCAAUAUUUAGAUCUUUCUAGUAACCUAUUAAAGGGUAAUAUUCCAACAUGCAUCUUUGCAGGUCUUGAUUCACUUAAGCAUCUAGAUCUUUCUUACAACCAAUUUGAUGGCAAUUUCUCAUUUUCUUCCUUUGGUAAUCUUUCAAAGCUAGAAUAUAUCGACUUGUCAAACAAUGAGAAAUUAUUUAUACAUCUUGAUAGUGGGAAGUUUGUUCCAUCCUUGCAGCUGCGGUUUCUUAUCUUGUCACAUUGUAACCUUGAUGUGAACCCCCUUGCAACACCAGCUUUUCUUGCUUCUCAAUUCAAGUUAGAAGCUCUUGAUCUUUCUCACAAUAACUUGACAGGAAAUUUUUCCAUUUGGUUGUUCGUAAAUCUAACUAGACUGACAUAUCUCAACUUGAGAAAUAACUCAAUAGAGGGUGCAUUUCAAUUCCCGAAUCAUCUGAAUGCAACCAUGUUCUUUGUUGAUCUCUCUAUGAAUUUCCUCAGUGGAUUGAUUCCUACAAACAUCGGCACAAUAUUUCCACAUAUGGUGGCCCUGUAUUUAUCCUCAAAUCAUCUAACUGGAAAUAUUCCUUCAUCAUUGGGUAACAUGAGUAAUUUGCAACACUUGGAUUUGUCCAAUAAUCUUUUAUCUGGUGAAGUACCAAAUGCCCUGAUGAUUGAUUGCCCUAACUUGUUCUUCUUGAACCUUUCCAACAACAACUUACAUGGGAAGGUUUUUGGUACAAAUCAUGGUCAUGUUUCCCUUGAAGUUGUUGAUCUUCAUAGAAACAAGUUUAGUGGAACAUUGCCAAGCAAUCUGUCGGGCUACCAGCAACUAUGGGUAUUGGAUGUCCACAAUAACCAAUUAUCGGGUCUGGCUCCAGAGAGUGAAGGACUUGUUUCCAAUCUGUGGAUCCUCAACCUCGCAGGAAAUCAUUUCCAUGGCCAAAUAUCACAUCAUCUAUGUAAUCUGUCAAACCUUCAAGCAUUAGACUUGUCCAAUAACAGCCUCUCCGGGUCAUUACCUCAUUGCUUGCAAUCAUCCAAUUUAGCACUUCUCAAGAUUUCUGGGAACGAUUUAACAGGCACAAUUCCAACUGGCUAUUUCAAUAUUUCAUCCCUUGCAUCGUUGGAUGUCAGCAAUAACCAACUUUCAGGCAAACUACCGAGUCAGAUAAGAGACCAAAUGCCUUUGGAGAUUCUUGUUCUCCGUGCAAAUUCACUUGAAGGCUCAAUACCAAUGGAGUUAUGCAAGCUGUCGUCUUUACAUGUUCUGGAUCUUUCCCGAAAUAAUCUUUCGGGAUUAAUACCUUCUUGCUUUAGCAAAAUGCACUUCAGGAUAUCUAAUUCGACAGAUGAACAUUUGUCUCUAGAUGGAUUUAUCUUUGAUAUUAACAUUUUUCUAAGGACAUAUCUCACGACUACAGGAAGUGUAUUACACUUGGAUGAGUUAGCGACGGGAAUCCAUUCUGAUGUCAUCGUAGACCUCAUCACCAAAGGCAUCUUAUACGCCUACACAACGGAUAAUUUGCUUCCGUCUGCAAUUGAUUUGUCAGAAAACAAGUUGACAGGAAACAUCCCACCAGAAAUUGGAAAUCUAGAUGAGCUUGUACAAUUGAAUCUAUCACACAAUCAGCUUACAGGUCCAAUCCCUGAAACUUUAUCAAAACUCAAUCAGAUUGAGAGCUUGGACAUAUCACACAAUCAGCUGAGUGGUGCGAUACCCUGGCAAUUGACUCAGCUAACGUCCUUGGAGGUCUUCUCUGUUGCUUACAAUAACUUAUCCGGAUGUACGCCGGGUAUCAAAAACCAAUUUGUCACAUUUAAUAUGGGUAGCUAUGAGGGUAAUAUUGGAUUACAUGGGCCGCCACUGGAGAAGACUUGCACCUCUGACUCAAAUCCAACUGUUAAAGUAGGAGAAAACCAAGAUGAUAGCAGUGUGGAGGAUGAUGCCAUUUUCUUUGCAAUACUUGCAGCUUCGUUCAUCAUUGGCUUCUGGGUUUGUAUUGCUCUAUUGUUAUGUCAUCACACCGGGCAGCACAUUCGCAGUAUAUUGGAUGGUUAUGUGGACUCCUUGACUGAAAGGUUCUUAAUGGCAGCACAUAAGCAGACGUGCAUGCAGCCAAAUCGCAAGUGA